AUGUUUUGGAAGAUAACAGAAGAGGGUGGUUAUUGGAUGGUUAUGAGCUUAAGGUUGGCAAAGGAAAUAGUGUUAGCCUUUGGAAGGAUAGUUGGAGCAAUGCAGGAGUGCUUGCUAAUGCUUUCCCAAGAUUAUACAUGCUAUCUACAGGAAAGGAAAGCUCUAUACAGGAACUGGGUAGCUGGGAAGGUGAAACAUGGUCGUGGAACUUUGAAUGGAGGCAAAGCUUGUUUUCCUGGGAGACCGAAUCACUACAGGAUUUAAAGCAAUGGAUCGAUAUGAUUGAAUUCCCAAAAGACAAGAAGGAUACUUGGAUCUGGAAGGCGGAGAAGAAGGGAUUAUACACAACAAAAUUAGGAUACAACAAACUUGUCCAUCAACAACCUUCAUCACAAGAAUCAUUAUUUAUAAGGUUAUGGAACAGUCACAUUCCUAACAAAGUUUGUGGGUUUGC